UGGGUACUGAUAGACGGCACUGACUGGCAUCACUGCUGGGCACUGACUGGUGGCACUGACUGGCACAACCCCUGGGCACUGACUGGUGGCACUGACUGGCAGCACUGCUGGGCUGCACUGGUGGGUGGCACUGGUGGGCAGCACUGGUGGGUGGGCACAGGUGGGUGGCACUGGUGGGCACAGGUGGGUGGGCACAGGUGGGUGGCACUGCUGGGCACCGAUCAUCAGGGCACUGAUCAUCAGUGCCCUGAUGAUCGGUGCCGAUCCCCGCUCUGACAACUGCCGGUUCUCGGCAGUACUUUCCUCACGAUCUGACAGCGUGAGGAAAGUGCAGCCGAGAACCAGCACUUGCAU